AUGCUACCUCUUGUUGGACACGGAUACCAAUUCAUGGGCACCGAUCAAGCGCGGAUGGCAGCUAUCCAAGAGCAUGGUAGACAAGCUCUGAAGCAUGGCGGGACCACGGUGACUUGGCUGGGCUACAGCAUGUUUGUCUCAAUAGCUGAUCCAGUGCAGGCGGAGUGGAUCCUAAGAACUUGUUUGGAGAAGGACGAUGCUUUCAAACUCGGACGCUGCUUCACCGGCGAUGUUCUAGCUAUAGCUCCGGUGCCGAUAUGGCGUCAACGUCGGAAGAUAUUCACUCCGAACUUCAGCCCUAGGAUGCUGAACCAGUUCGUGGAGGUAUUCUAUCGCCAGAGUAGUGUCUUGGCUGAUAGACUUAAGAACGUCGCCAACACAGGACCCUUCCAGUUAUGGAGUUACAUCAUACGGUUUACCAUGGACUCUUUAUUUGAAUCAACUCUUGGCAUUCAAGCUCACGCGCAGACGGAUCCUAAUCAGCCUCUACUAAAGGCUUUCAAGCCAGUGGGACCGUUGUUCUCGUCUCGGAUGUCACAACCCUGGCUACACAGUGAGGUGGUAUACAAAAUGUUGCCAGCAUAUUCCAAGUUCUUGAAAGCUAAGAGUGCGGUGUAUUCUGUUGUUGAACAGUACGUAAAAUCAAAACGACAAGACUUAAAAUCGAAACCAAAGGCGGGUUCAUUUCGAACUCUACUGGACACAUUGCUGCAGGUUUCUGAAGAUGGAUCGGGAUUGUCUGAUGAAGAAAUCCAGGGGGAAGUAGUGGGACUGUACAUUGCUGGCAUAGACACGUCUGCUACCACCAUUGGAUUCGUUCUUCAUAUGCUGGCGAGAUAUCCUGAGGUGCAAGAUAAAGUUUAUGAGGAACUCAAGGAAGUAUUAAAAGAUUUAACAAAGCCCAUAGUAGCUGAAGAUCUACCCCAUCUCAAAUACCUAGAAGUCGUGAUCAAGGAAACCUUGAGGUUAUAUCCUCCAGCACCAAUCAUUGCCAGGCAGAUUACAGAGGAUAUUACAGUUCCAUCAGGCUACCACCUAGUCGGAGGCACAUCAGUGAUAGUGCACAUCUGGGCGCUGCACCGCAAUCCUGCGUACUGGGGCGCUGAUGCGGAGCAGUUCCGGCCGGAGAGGUUCCUCACGCCGCUCACGCAUCCCGCGCAGUUCAUGCCCUUCAGCUACGGACCCCGGAACUGUAUUGGAUCUCAAUACGCCAUGAUGUCGAUAAAGACAGCGCUAGCUACCGUGUUACGUCGAUACCGCGUGUUACAUGCGCGUGGGCAAUCUGGCGACGCAGGAACUGUGGCUCCCUUACGAGUCAGAUUCGAUGUCGUCAUUAAAGAUAUGGAUCGGUUCACUUUACAGUUGGACUCUAGGAAGUAA